CACUACCAACCACUCUCACACACCUGCAACCACCAAACCUUUAGGCCUUCACGACCGCCGUCGGCAAACCACUCACGCCUCGAUCAUCGCACAGCUACAGGCGUCCACACCACGCCGCCGCCGUCCUCCACUACGACCCUCGAGGCAUCACCAUUCCGCCCUCUCAGCUCAGAAUAUCGGACAGAGUUUAUGCAUCCCGCUCACACGAACGCCGCUUUCACAGCAGACCUGCCUCCGGCGCAGCACCCCAGUCGUAUAAAGCAUAAACGGCACCAGCGCAACACUGGUUGAACAUUGCCCGAAAUAGCCACUUGCCGACAAAAGUCAACUACGACAACCAAGCCAAAACCGCCAAAACGGACAAAUACACCACAGCAAACACAUUGGUGUGCUGCAUGUCUUUGCUAGCCCCUAUACAGAGAUCUCUUCUGCAGUAGUCCCCUCCGCCACCAUCAGCCGCCCUCGCAGCAGUCACCCUACCUCAAUACCGCAAUCAUGGGUUCCGUCAAUAUCCGUCGCGAUGUCCAGGACCCUUUCUACCGCUACAAGAUGGAGCGCAUCCAGUCCAAGGUCGAAGGAAAGGGUAACGGCAUCAAGACCGUCAUCGUCAACUUGAGCAACGUCGCUCAGCAGCUCGCCCGCCCACCAAACUACGUGAUCAAGUACUUUGGCUUCGAGCUGGGUGCUCAGACAAACAUCGAUCCCAAAGACGACCGCUGGAUCAUCAACGGCGCUCACGAAGCGAGCAAGCUUCAGGACUACCUCGAUGGCUUCAUCAACAAGUUCGUGCUCUGCAAGGAGUGCAAGAACCCUGAGACUGUGGUCAGUGUCAAGGAUGGAGACAUUUUGAUGGACUGCAAGGCUUGCGGAAAGAUCACUACUGCCGAUCCUCGUCACAAGCUCGCCUCCUUCAUCUUGAAGAACGCUCCCAAGAAGGGCAAGAAGGACAAGUCUACCAAAAAGGCCGAUCGUAAGGCUCGCAAGGAGGCCGAGAAGAACGGCACACUCGAUGACGAUGAGACCAACGGUCACCCAAGCCCAGGCGACAGCGGCUCUGAUGUCGCUGACGAGAAUGGCGAUGUCGGAAACGACGCUGGCAGCGACGAUGAACUCACUCGUAAGAUCAACGCCGGAGCCAAGGAGCUUAACGAGCCCGAGGUCAAGGACAAGGAAGUGCAGUGGUCUGUCGACAUGUCUGAGGAGGCCAUCAAGGCACGCGCCAAGGCUCUUCCCGACGAUCUCAAGGCCAGCUUGGUCCUCGAGGACGGUGAUGAAGACGGAGAAGGCGGCAACGUCUACGACGAAUUCGGCAAGUGGAUCGAGGCUCAAGCUCAGGAGGCCGGUGACGCCACCAAAGUCAAGGAUGUCGAUAUCUACCUCAAGGCCAAGGAGCUCGGUAUUGAGUCCAAACACCGCACGCUCACCGUGCUCGCUCAGACCGUGUUCACGGACAGCAUGCCCAAGGAAAUCGACGCCCGCGCUGCCAUGCUGAAGAAGCUCAUCACCUCGGAGAAACACGAGAAGGCCUUCCUCGGCGGUAUCGAGCGCUUCGUUGGUAUCGACAAGCCCAACCUCAUUCCCAUGGUCAGCGCCAUCCUGCUCAAGGUGUAUGAGAAUGACCUCGUUUCUGAGGAGAUCCUCACCGCCUGGGGUGGCAAGGCCAGCAAGAAGUACGUCGACAUCUCCACGUCUCGCAAGGUGCGCAAGAGCGCUGAGAAGUUCAUCGAGUGGCUCGAGACUGCCGAGAGUGACGAGGAUGAUGACGAGGACGACGAGUAGAGAAAUUGCCAUGUUGCUUGUUCGCUGCGGAGAGAUCUUGUUCGGACGGCGACAUUGGAAGAACGCGGCGUGUGUGCUAAGACCAAAUUGUUGAUGUCUCCUCUCUUGGUUUCUGCUUUGCUUUGAGAUUUCGCCAGUAGUCUUCGUUUGAAGAUGCAGAUAAUAGUGCUCUCUACUCAAUACAUCGCUCCUCGUCCUGCCG